AUGGGCUCAACGGAUGCCAAAGCGUACCUAGCAAGCCUAGAGGUGGUGGCGGCUCGUGCCUCAAGCGGAAAAAUCUCAGGACCAGGCCGAUACCAGGAACUUGAAGUCUGGAGAGGAGUCGAGUUUGGCGAAGGAGACGGCAUUCAAGAGGCAGAUCGCAUGAUCACAACCGAUAGAACGCUUGAAAAGAUCAUUGACCAGCUAGAUAGCACAGUGGCAAACGCUGAGAAAGAUUUUGACAUAGAGACAGAAACAACAACGCAAAAAGACGAGGAAAAGCUUGUGUCCAUUCUGUCCGGCUUCCCUGAGAAGAUUACUGGCGAAAUCGUCUUUUGUGACGCUGACAACAUCAACACGGAUGGCAUCUACCCUGGUAAGCUCACUUAUCAGGACUACGUACCUGUCGAACAGAUGGCGGAAGCUUGUAUGCAAAACUAUGAUCCAGCAAUUUCUUCUGUUGCAAAGAAAGGGGACAUCCUUGUGUCGGGCUUCUCUUUUGGCUGUGGGAGUAGCCGAGAGCAGGCGGCCACGGCUAUCCUAGCGAAAGGGAUUCUCCUUUGUCGUUUCCGCAUCAACAAUGCACUGAUAGCCCUGGAGGUUCCAAAGCUCGUUGAAAGGUUACGGCAGAGCUUUCCCGUACCAUCAGUGCAUCAAAAGCAAGACGUUACUGGAUCAUCGCAGAGUAAGGAGUCCUUCGAUUCUUCUUCGCACGCACCGUUGAAGGAGACACCAAGGGUGCUAACGUGGCGGACGUGUUGGAGCUUGAAUUGGGAUGUCAGGAGAAGCAAAGUCGAAAUCGACGAGGGUGAAGGCAAGCCGAAGUGGAGCGUGAAGGUCAGCGAGCUGCCAGCUAAUGUACAGGAGAUAAUCGUAAGAGGUGGCUCAAAGAAAUAA